CUGCAUCUCGCCUUCUCUCUGCUUCUGUCGCCACUCUUUUACUUCUUGCCUCGACUCUACAUCACAUCUACCUCUCUACCCCACCCCCUCCCUUCCACCCCGUCUUCCGUCCCGGCAUCGUAGCAUGAGCACGCCUUCCCUCCGCGCUCUUUCGCGGCGAGCAGGCGCUGCACCCUACCGCAAUCUUGCUUCUCACCCUACCUUCUCCUAUGGCAGAACCGCGGCGUACCGUCGGAUAGCCUCAUAUCCACAACGCUCUAGCGAUGUCUCCCUCCAGCCACCGCGAAACACCUCCAGCGCCAUCGCUCCUCCAAGUGCGCUUCGGCUGCCCUUUCUACACCCCACAGUCUCGAUAAACCCAACUCAGACAAGACAUGUUUCCUUCAAGGAGCUCCGAGAGCAGCGCCAGCGCGAAAAAGCUGGAGAGUCCCAACAGGCCCCGAAGCAGCAGCAGCAGCCGCAAGCAACAUCCUCGUCCCAGCCUCAAUCUCCGCCCGAGGAUCCGUUAGUCAAAGACGAGUCUCCGGCAGCCAGCGCAGCAGAGGAAGCAUUUGCAAAGGCUAGGUCAGAUAGUGAAAAGGAAUGGGCAAAGUUUGAAGAAGCUGCGCGCAAGGAGCAGGAGCAGGAGGAGAAGGACAAGGCCCAGGAGGAGUCGGGCGAAGCUGGCGAAGAGGGCGCUAAGCAGGAGAAGGGGAAGAAACAGGCGCCGGAGGAGCCCCCACACGGCAGCAAAACGCCUUGGCAGGUCUUCACCGAAACGCUGUCGUCGGAGUUCAAAGCCAGCAAGGAGUGGAACGAGAGCACGGAACAACUGAGCGGGAGUAUUCACGACUUCACCCAAAACCCGAAUGUGCAAAAGGCGCGCAGCGCAUACAGUCGUGCCGCCGAAGCGGCCAGCACAACGACCGGCAAGGUGGUCAUGGGCUCUGCCAGCGCCAUUGGCAAAAGCGCCGCCUGGACAUGGGACACCCCUGUCGUCCGCGGACUUCGUCACGGUGCCUCAGCUAUUGGAUCAGGCGUGGAGAAAGCGACCCGCCCGCUCCGCGAGACCGAGGCCUACAAAAACGUCAAGGACGUUGUGGACGACGGAUCCGCUUCUCAGCGAUAUGGCGGGUGGACGGAGAAAGAGGAGCGCAAGCGUCAGCGCGAGUUGCGCGAAGCCAAGGCGGGCCGUACGCAAGCGCAGGUGUUUGAAGAGGAUCCUGAAGCUGGUGUCAAUGUGACUUUGCACAAAGACUCGGCAUGGAAUCAGUCUUGGAAGAGCUUCCGAGACAAUUCGCCCGUGAUGCAAAGAAUCUUUGGAUUGGGGGCCACCUACCGUGAGUCGGAAAAUCCCCUCAUCACCACAGCGCGCUCGGUGUCCGACCGGAUCGCCGGCUUCUUCGCCGAAAACGAGACCGCCAUGGUCAUCAAGAAGUUCCGUGAGAUGGACCCGUCCUUCCAACUCGAGCCUUUCCUCACCGAGAUGCGGACGUACAUUCUCCCCGAAGUCCUCGAGGCGUACGUCAAAGGCGAUGUGGAGACCCUUCAGCUCUGGCUCUCGGCCGCCCAGUUCCAAGUCUACAGUGCGCUGAUGCAGCAAUACACCACACAAGGCCUCAAAUCGGACGGCAAAAUCCUGGACAUUCGAAACGUCGACAUUCUCUCGGCUCGAAUCUUGGACCCCGGCGAAGUGCCCGUGUUCGUGCUGAUGGCGCGAACGCAGGAAGUGCACGUGUACCGCAAUGCCAAGAGCGGAGAGCUGGCGGCGGGCAUGGAAGACAAAGUGCAGCAAGUGACGUAUGCCAUUGGCGUGACACGACUGCCGGAGGAAGUGGCCAACCCAGAGACUAGAGGCUGGAGGUUGAUUGAACUGCAAAAGAGCGGCAGAGAUUACAUCUGAAGAAGCCACCGGCAUAGCUCAGCAUCUACGGCGUUUCAUAGAGGUCGCGCUACCCACGCGGGAUUCUCUUUUUGGCGGUUUGUGUACAGCGACGCAUUGUGCAAGUAGAGAAGAUUCAGCGCUUCGGAAAAGGGAAAGAGGAAGAACGACUUUCGACU